AUGUACUAUUUUAAAAGAACUCAUAAGAGGGCAAAACUUGCUUCCUGUUGUGACGCUGUGCAAAACUUCAUUGUUUCUCAAAAUAACACUCCAGUCGGGACUAACAUGAGUUACGAGGUGGAAAGAAAAAAUGCAAUCCUAAUUAGAAAGAGCAUUUUUAAUAUGUUUCCAGUGUCGCAGCCUUUUGUGGAGCGCCCUUACAAUCAGUGUGCCGUGGUUGGAAAUGGGGGGAUUCUGAAUAAGUCUCUCUGCGGAGCUGAAAUAGAUAAAUCUGACUUCGUUUUUAGGUGUAACCUUCCCCCAACAACAGGAAAUGUUAGUAAAGAUGUUGGCAGUAAAACUAACCUUGUGACCAUAAACCCCAGUAUCAUAAGACUAAAGUAUGGGAACCUAAACGAAAAGAAAGCAGUAUUUCUAGCGGACAUCGAAGCCUAUGGAGACGCGUUUCUUCUGCUGCCAGCGUUUUCCUUCAGGGCCAACACCUUUGCCUCUUUUAAAGUGUACAGCACACUGGAAGAGUCUAACGCAAGACAAAAGGUUAUAUAUUUCCAUCCCAAGUACCUGAGGAAUCUUGCCCUCUUCUGGAGAACUAAAGGCGUGAUAGAGUACCGCCUGUCCUCUGGCUUGAUGAUCACGAGUGUGGCCAUUGAGCUGUGUGAGAACGUGAAACUGUACGGAUUUUGGCCCUUCUCUAAAACUGUGCAGGACACACCUGUCAGCCAUCACUACUAUGACAACAGUUUGCCUAAACGUGGUUUCCAUGAGAUGCCCAAGGAAUACAGCCAAAUUCUCCAACUUCACAUGAAAGGAAUCCUCAAAUUACAAUUUAGUAAAUGUGAAAUAGCCUAACCGAAGUGACUUACAGUGGGAAUCGUUGUAAUGUAAGGCUAUCGGUGAGUAACAAUGUUUCUGAACACAAAAACUGGUGGUUGUAGGGUAUAAUAGGAGGAGCCCAUACUUAGUUUGAUCAAAGCUCCCCACAAAGUGUGCAACCCCAGAAACUCAUUCAGUUGUUCUGGUCUUCUAUUUCCCUGACUAUAUAAUGGGGACCAGGAUAUCUAACUCAUAUUAGGAAAAUAUGAAAAUCUUUGAAAACUCUUGGCAAACUAUUUGCCUGAGGUAAGUAUCCCAAGUCUGUUUCCUUUUGAUAGUUAUAACAUUU